GAGGGGGGCGGGGGCGGGGUGGGGCUGCAAGCCUGGUGGCCCCUCGGGGCCCUUGGGAGGCCGCAGGGCCGCGCCCCCGCCUCGGUCACCUCUGACCGGGUUGCUCCCACAGGGUGGCCGGGCCGCAGGGGUCCCGGCCACAAACAGGUAGUGCUGCCACCGGAGCAGCCGCCGUGCUGAGCCUUCCAGCCACGGUUACCGGUAUCCCCUGAUGCCUGGCAGCGCUCUGCUCCCCGGUCCCGUAUGAAUUCAUCGCUGCCACAUUCUGCUCCACCCCAGAAACAUAGCCCGAGCCUUGAGAACAGCACCAUAUUGAAACAGAGGCAAGAACUCCAGCUUUUAAUUGCAGAACUGAAAGAUCGUGAUGAGGAACUCAAUGACAUGGUUGCAGUACAUCAAAGACAGCUCUUAGCCUGGGAAGAUGAUCGGCAAAAAAUACUGACUUUAGCAGAACGAUGCAACUUAUUAAACCAUGAGCUGAACAAGAGAAAUGAAAUUAUAAAAUCACUGACGAAAAGGUUAAAGUUCUUAGAAUCUCAGCAGAAUGACAGUAAGACAACAUAUGAAAAUACACAACAGAAGUUUAAAGAGCUGUCUCGAAAAGUAACAGAUGCAACUGUUCACUGUCAGGCUCUGGAGGAGAAAAAUCAAAGUCUCCACUGCUCAGUUUUGGAACUGUCUGCUAAAACAGGGCAGCUGCAAGCGAGGGAGCAGGAGCUUCUUACUAUGCUUAAGCUGAAGGACGAGGUUAUACUUGAAACAACUGAUCAUAUUACUGAGUUUACAUCUAAAUUCAAAAAGCUGGAAAGUGCAUUGCGUGCAGCAAAGACAGAGGAAUUCAGUCUCAACAAAGAAAAGCAAGACCUCAAACUGAGACUAAAAGAACUAAUACUUGAAACAAAUAAACUGAAAGAUGACCUCUGUGAAAAGGUGGAAGAAAAUAAUACGCAGCAGGAAGAAAUCAUUCACCUCAAACAAGAAAAUGGCUGCUUGAGGAAUGAGCUCGCACUUGUUGUUGAGAAAGCAAAGAGAAAGGAUCAACUUCUUCAGUUUGCCAAGUCUAAACAAGCACGGACUGACACAGAAUUAUCAAGUUUGCGACAGAUGUAUGUAAAACAGCAGCGUGACUUGCAAUUUCUUCACGCGAAUUUGGAAAGCUCUCAGGAAUUAAGGCAAAAGCAUGAAAGGGCAGCAAAUGAAAGGAGCACAGCUAUGGCAUUCUCUGCCCCUGAAAGUAGCAGCGAGACAGACACGGUUAGGACUGAGGGCACCCACGGGAUUUGCGAGGAGUGUGGAACUGCACAAGUUCCAAAAAGUAGGGUAAAAACCACGUCUGAGAUGUGUGAAGUAGAUAAUAAACUGUUACUGAAUGCCUCAGACUUGGAGGAAACUACCUCAGCAUACUUAAACCAGUGUCAAAAAGUUGUGAAAGUCAUGGCUCUCCUUACGGAAGAAGAAGAAAAGCAGGAUGUUGCAUCAAGCUCUGAUGAGCUAGGCAGCCAAGUAUUUUGUGAGGCAAACAACACAAGGCCAUUGAGAAACAGGGAAAUUUCUGAGAAUGAAGUGGAAAGCAGAGACCAACAAACCUUUGAGUCAUCUUCACCUGAAUAUGAGCAUUGGCUUAACGUCAGUUGCGUAGAUUCACAAAGUACUUUGAUCCAGAACACCAUCACAUCUGACAAAACUGAUAAUGAAAAUAAAACCUGGGAAGAGAGAACUGGAAUGCUCUUUGGCCAAAAAAGCAGAGAGCCUACUGUUGCCGUUCACGAGUCUGAAUCUGAGUCCUGUAGUAAUAACUUCAUCAUAAAAAAACGUGCAUGGUGGAAGCCGGUAUCAGAUCCAGAAUGGUUGAAGAUUUUCAAACCCAUAAAAGGAGAUGGAAGUAUAUGUCAUGGAAAAGAUUGCAACUGUCUCAAGACUGCACAAGAGAUGAAAUGUGCCAGCCCAAAAAGGGAUUUUAGGGGAGAAGGAACAAAUUCAACCCAGGAAAUGGAGAUACAGCAGAUAUCCUUCAUAAGGGAGGACUGCUCUACUCAUCUGGGAUUUGCUGCUGAGCUGUCAAGUUGUCUUGAAUGCCCACAUUUGGUCCUCGGAGCCCUGCUGACUGGGGAUGGAUUGACUCAGUGCAAAUCCCAGACUGUCUGCUUUCCAGCCUCUGCUGACUCUGAUUUGCCACUGAAUAAAUUCUCACCCCAUAAAUGGGAGGAUUGCAGUCUUCAGUGUGGGCUUCUUGUUAAGUCAUUAAUGGCAGAGACCAAACACAACAUUCCUUCUGGGACUUGAAUCUGGAUCCUCCAGUUUUCCAUUGCUGGCUUCAUAGUGCUGAUGCUGUAUUUUGCAUGUAGGGAAGGGUACUGGCACCUCCCUGUCAGCCCAGCAAAUAUUUUUGACAUGAGUUCUUGAAUUCUGGAACAGCCAACAAGAAGGCUAUUAACACAGUCAAAUACCUUAUCCAACUGCAAGAGCGAUUGUGAAAUAUGGUAGUGCAGGAAUCAUUUAUGUGUGCUCUGACUUAGUGACUUAAUUUGUGUUGGACCAACAUUUGCUUCCUUUGGAUUUUUAUCUCAAUUCUGAUUUUAAAGAUGGAGCAUCAGCAGUUACUUGUUCAGUCUGCUCCUGCUGGAGGAAGCCACCUGUUCCUUGAGCUGUCUCCUGCCUCAGAAUCAAACCUGUUUUCCCCAUUUCCCUCCCAACCUGUGUAUCCUUCAAAACUAGCUGUGCUCAUUUCAUUUCCUUGCAUCCUCUGCUUCUAGGCUGCCACAGCUACUUCCCUCAUAUCUCUUCAGAGCCUUUCCUUGUCAGAAGUUCACAAACAUGAGCUCUUCUCUCUUAAAAGCCUGUUGUAUCCCAGUACAAGAGAAGUUAAAUGAGACACAGCAGACUGUUCCGAGCUGGCAUCUCUCACAAGGGCUUUUCUUAGCUUGAAUGUAAUUUACAAAUAAACCUUUUUGUAACAGUCUUGCCAGGUAUGGAAUGUGUUGUAUCUAAAGAAUAUUUAAUGAAAUGUUGUAAAUUUGAUUUUCUUUAGACUAUACGUAUUUUUUAAUUAUUUACCCGAUCUAGGCAGUGCUAGGAUUGUGCUUCUGUUUUGUUCGGAAGUGUGAUGAAUACAGAGGUGUUUUAUCUGGGGAGAUGGUUGCUAUUGUAUUUACUUUUAAAAAAAACCUCUAUGAAGUGGAAAUGAGCAGUUGCAAAUUAAAUUCACUGCAUAGCUUAUAACUGCUAGAAGAAACCAGGGCACAUCUUUGUACAAGCUUCAGACAGCACUCAGCACUGUGUGAAAACACAGCACAGGGGACAGGUGAUCCUGGGGAAGAGGGCUUAGUUGGGGUGAUCAAGACAGUUUCUAAGAUGCUACAGCUUUUAUUAGUUCUAGUCUUAAUUUGUGAUUAAUUGGUGCUGGAGCUGAGUGAGGGAUUGGGUACAUUUUGAUGAAAUUGUGAUUUAAGGAAUUGGAAUUGAGAACUGUCUCUAGGCUAGGCUUUAAUAACGUUAACUUUUGGUGUGGGAAAGGUGUAAGAGAAAAGUUUCAAUCAUUUGACAUGCACAGUAAGAGCUAAAAACCUUUUGCAUUGGGACAAGCUUGGGAUGGCUGUGAGUCAGUCUUUGGACAGUAAUAAUGUGCAGGGUAUGAUUGUUGCUUUAACUGUCAUUUAAAUUGCUUUUCAGAUAUUCCUAAAUACACUCAAUUGUACACCGUGCUAAAUUAAUAUUUUGUUCUGCUUUGAAACCUAGGGGAAGAGGUAUGCCGAUAGAUCUUAUACUUCAGCUCCACACUGAAAUGGUAGUCAGGCAACUGAGUUUUGUGCUUAAUUACAGUUUGCCCAAACAGCACUUUGCUGUUUGCUGCUGUAUUUAAAAAUAAAUAAAAUAAAACCUCCUUGGGAAGGC